CAGCGGUCCUGCCUCAUGGCCUUCAGUGACCUCCUGCAGCAGCUGGGGGGGGUCGGCCGCUUCCAGCAGAUCCAGGUGACUUUGUUGUUGCUCCCCCCGCUCCUGCUGACCUCCCACAUCACCCUACAGAACUUCACCACCACCAUCCUCACCCAUCACCGCCACCUGCCUGCCAAUGCCAACCUCAGUGAGGAUGGGGAGCUGAACGCCUGGCCGCCCUUGGACGGGCAGGGGCAGCCCGAGUCCUGCCUCUGCUUCACCUCCCCACAACGGGGACGGCCCUUCCCCAAUGGCACAGACAUCAAGGGCACAGCAGCCACAGAGCCCUGCACCAGUGGCUGGAUCUACAGCAAGAGCACCUCCCCUUCCGCCAUCGUGACCGAAUGGGACCUCCUGUGCGCACACCAGAACUUGCCCCAGCUGACCCUACUCAUUUUCACGGCAGGGAUGCUGUUUGGAGACUUGGUGUUUGGGAACUUGGUAGACAGGGUGGACCACAGGGAGGUACUGACCUGGAGCUACCUGCAGGUAGCGGGGUCAGAGGCCUGCACUGCCUUCACACCCAACUUCACAGCCUACUGCACUCGCCGCUUCCCUUCAAGCGUGGCUAUAAGGGGCCUCACCUCCAACUCCCUGACACCUAGAGAGAGGGGCCCUGGGUGGGCUGGGCUUGUGGGUUCAGUGGAGCAGGGGACCAGACCAAUUCAGACCUCAGCUCCUUCCGAGUACAAAGCUGAGACCACCUGUCCCAGCACCCAUACCUACCAAGGCCUCCCUUGGGGCUUGGAGUGGCUGCCCAUCCAUGCCGGCCCAGUUCUGAGCUUCUUAUUUGGGUUAGUCUGCAGCCUCUGCCAGUUCUCCCCACCUGGCAUGGCUUAUGCUGUGCCCUACUGGCGCCACCUGCAGCCAUUGGUCUCUCUGCCCUUCUUUGUCGCCUUCAUCUACUCCAGAACCUGUGCCUCCCAGGACAGGGGUUGGGAGGAGGAGUUGCCCGGGAGGCCUGGACCUAAGCCCUCUGCACCCAAGCAGCUGCUUCACAUGCACCUGCGGAAGGGCCUGAGGAUGAAUGCGGCCCAGCCCUCAACGUUGCAGCUGCUACGCUCCCCGCCGUUCGCCACCUCCUCCUCUGCCUCCUGCCGCCGUGGGCGCUCCAUCCUCAGGCAGGCAGGAGACAGACAGACUGAUGGACAGAAGCAGAUUGAGAAAACAGAGCAGACUGGGAAGGUCCGUACUCGACCUCGGCUACCUCGGCUUAAUCACCAGUUGUUCCGCCACAUCACAAUGGCUGUGUCGGGAAAAGGCUGUGAGACUGGCUCCUUGAACUGCCUCCUCUUGUACACCAGGGAGCUGUCGCCCACAGUGAUGCGAGUGGCCCCUGUGGCUGCCACCCUCUUCCUGCCGGAGACCCAGGGCCAACCUCGGCCCAGCAAGAUUCAGGACCUGGAGAUAAGAUGGAAAAGGAAACUGGGGCAGGAGCAGCAGAUGGUCGCGCUCCAGGCCCCCGAGGACUGA